AUGGGACGGAAGAAGAAGAAGCAGCUGAAGCCGUGGGUGUUGGUACUGUAACCGAGACUUUGAUGACGAGAAGAUCCUCAUCCAACACCAGAAGGCCAAACACUUCAAAUGUCACAUCUGUCACAAGAAGCUGUACACAGGGCCCGGCCUGGCCAUCCAUUGUAUGCAGGUUCAUAAAGAGACCAUUGACGCAGUACCCAAUGCCAUCCCGGGGCGCACAGACAUUGAGCUGGAAAUCUAUGGUAUGGAGGGCAUUCCGGAGAAGGACAUGGAGGAGCGCAGACGUAUGCUGGAACAGAAGACACAAGUGGAUGGACAGAAGAAGAGAAUGGAUGACUCGGAUUAUGAUGACGAUGAUGACUCCGGCCCUUCCUCCUCCUUUCCUCCGCAGAUGCAGCCGCAGCAAGGCUAUAUGCCAGCCAUGGCUCAGGCAGGUCUUCAUGGCUUGGCCGGAGCUCCAGGCAUGCCCCAGGUAACCCCCUGCAUGUAUCAGGGAAUACCCCCACUGAUGCCAACGGUGCCCCCGAUUAUGCCUGGAAUCCCACCUGUCAUGCCAGGGAUGCCUCAUGGGUUAGUAUGUCAUUGUGUGCCUUCCCUGAUGCUGCCAAUGAGUGGUAUGAUGCACCCGGCUGCAGGAAUCCCCCCUAUGAUGGCUGGCUUACCUCCAGGAGUUCCCCCACCAGUAGGACCUCGGCCUGGGAUGCCGGCCACCUCCCCAGCUCAGAUCUCUGUACCAGGUGUCGGCAGAGUCCCCACACCCGGUACAUCGUCCCCUGCUGUGCAGUCUGUGCCCAAACCACUCUUUCCCAGUGCUGGACAGAUGGGAUCACCAGUCACAAGCUCAAGCACUUCGUCCUCCAAUUCGGAGCCCCUCUCUGCACCUGCUAAAGCCCUCUUUCCUAGUGCUGCACAAGCUCCUUCAGCGGUGUCAGGCCCAGUGGGAACAGACUUUAAACCCCUGAACAGUGCCCCAGCCACAACGUCUGAGCCGCCUAAAGCAACAUUUCCUGCUUACACUCAGUCCAACAUGUCAACCACUAGCACCACCAAUAGCACUGCUGCUAAACCAUCUCCUUCCAUAACAAGUAAGCCUGCUACCCUGACUACUACUAGUGCCACUAGUAAGUUGAUCCAUCCCGAUGAGGAUAUCUCUCUGGAAGAGAAGCGUGCCCAGCAUCCUAAAUACCAGCGUAACCUUCCACGGCCUGGCCAGGCACCUAUGGGCAGCAUGGGCAGUUCAGCUGUGGGACCGCUAGGAGCUCUGAUGGGACCACAGCCGGGAAUUCCACCCCAGCAGCCUGGCAUGAGGCACCCCAUGCCGCCUCAUGGUCAGUUUGGUGCUCCACAUCAGAACAUGCCCGGCUUCCACCCUGGAGCAAUGCCACCCUUUGGACAAGUGCCACCCUAUGGUUCCCCCUUACCAGGGUGGCCCCCCUCGGCCUCUGAUGGGAAUGCGACCUCCUGUAAUGUCUCAAGGUGGCCGCUACUGACCAGCUGCACUGUUAAUAGGUUUGGAGAUUAA